ACAGAUCACAGUAAUCCUCCCAAAAUCACUUCCUGUCUGUGAAGCUGCCAUAGACUGUCAGAGCCCUGAUGUGCUUGAAGUUCAAGCCUGUGGGGGACUGAGGCGGCUGGCGUUUGGUCUCGGUGUUGUUGAUGGGCGAGAGAGGGAGGGGAAAGGGCACGGAGACCCCAGGAGAGAGAGGGCGAAUAAGAAAAGGCUGGAAGAUGAAAAACAUCAUUUGACGGAAACAGGAGAGACAGAG